UGAGCAGUCGUUAAUUUUAUUAUUUUGGGGUAGGUCUUACGGUACUUAGUGGUUAGUUUAAACGUUGCAUCGACGGGAAUCAAUCGUGUUACAAAUUUAAAUGUAUCUAGUUGUGGGAAUACGUUUAAUGUGUGGAAUAUUUUGUUGUAAAAACGGAAGUGAUAACGACUAUCUGGGAUUGUUCGAGCUUCGCACAUUAUUCUGUAUUUGAAUUGAUCGCUCGUUGCACAUGUAAUUAAUGUAAUUGAAAACAUGGAACUUCGGUGCCAAAUAAUUAUAUUUAUAUGUGUUCUUCCCGUGCUGUGUGUGUGCUUAAAGAGAGGAGAUGAAGGUGUUUGUCUCGUUUCACGCAGAUUACGAAAACCAGUAUUAGUAUGCUGUAAUGAUUGGGUGUAUAAAAACUCAAGAUGUCGACCAAAAUGUAAAAAUGACUGUCCAGGAGGCGAAUGUGUUGCUCCCUAUAAAUGUGUGUGCAAACCACCGGACAUACUAAACGAUAAAGGUGCUUGUGUCCCGAAAUGCGAUUUUCCUUGCGUUAAUGGAACGUGUACAGGGACUAACACGUGUUCAUGUAACAGCGGCUACACAAAAAUGAGCCAGUAUGAAUGCAUACCAGAAUGUAAACAGCCCUGUGUCAAUGGCAUCUGUGUGGAGCCUGAUGUUUGCCGGUGCUUAGAAGGACAUACACCGAUAAGCAAAACGGAAUGUGAACCAAUAUGCGAUGAAUGCGAAAAUGGCAAAUGCGUUGGCCCAAACGUUUGUGAUUGUAACACCGGCUAUGAAAAGAAAAACGGAAGAUGUGAACCAAAGUGUGAUAGUGCAUGUUAUAACGGGUAUUGCUCAGAACCAAAUAAAUGCACAUGUAAUUCGGGAUUUCAAAUCGAUUCAUUGGAUAGAUUUAGUUGUCGACCGAUAUGCGACUCACCUUGCGUAAAUGCUUCCUGUGUAGCACCAAAUAUAUGCAUAUGCAAUCCAGGAUACGAACCAGUUAGUGCGUCAAUUUGCAAACCUAAGUGUAAUUUUUGCUCAAACGGUGAUUGUAUUGGACCGAAUGAAUGCCGUUGUCAUGAAGGUUAUACCAUGAAAGGUGGAAUAUGUAAGCCCGUGUGUUCAACUGCUUGUACUAAUGGAGUUUGUUCAGCUCCAGAUACGUGUUCGUGCAACUCAGGUUAUGAAACAUUUAAUGCGUCAAUUUGCAAACCAAUAUGUAUCUAUUGCUCAAACGGUGAAUGUAUUGGACCAAACGAGUGUCACUGUCAUGAUGGCUAUAUUAUGAAAGGUGGCAUUUGUAAACCCGUGUGUUCAAGUACUUGUAUUAAUGGAAUUUGCUCAGCUCCAGAUACUUGCAAAUGUGUCCCAGGUUAUGUAGAUAAUCCAUUAGAUAAAUUCACCUGUCUCCCUAUUUGUGAGUCGAAAUGUGUUAACGCUUCUUGUGUCGCACCAAAUAUGUGUAAAUGCAGCCCAGGAUAUGUACCAGUUAACGAGUCGACUUGUAAGCCAAAAUGUAAUGAUUGCUCCAAUGGUGAGUGCGUAGGCCCUAAUAAAUGCCAAUGUCAUGAAAACUACACUAUGGUAGGUGGUAAAUGUAUGCCCUUGUGUAGUCAAGCAUGCAUCAAUGGAUAUUGCUCUGGACUAAACACUUGUGCAUGUAAUGAUGGUUUCGAAUUAAGCAAUACAGAUCCAUUUCAAUGUCACCCGAUUUGUUCACAUAAAUGUAUCAACGCAACUUGUACAAGUUUAAAUGUUUGCAAAUGUUUGGAUGGAUAUGAAAAAGCCAACGAUAAUUUCACGUGUAAGCCAAAAUGCUCAGACUGUGAUAAUGGAAAAUGUGUUUCGUCUGAAGUUUGUUUCUGCAACGAAGGAUACAAGAUGGAGGGCGGUAAAUGCACAGCGAUUUGUUUCAAAACAUGUAAAAAUGGAUAUUGCAAAUCGCCUAAUGAAUGCGCCUGUUUAAAUGGUUACGUGAAGAGUUCCGAUGAUUCUUCAGUCUGCGUCAAGUCCUGCGCGAGUUCCUGUAAUAAUGGAACUUGCAAUAAUGCAGAUGAAUGUAUAUGUGAUCCUGGUUUUGGAAAUAAAAAUAACUCAUGCGAACCUAUAACAAUUGUGGAAUGCAACAGCUGUGGACACAAUUGUACAGAUGAGGAGUGCCGCUGUAUGGACGGCCGCAUUUGUAUCUACAACACUGAAACCGCUAAAGUUGCCUCGCCUACUGGGUUAGCUGGUCUGCAGCUAACAUGGCUGUUGGGAGGAUGCGUAGGUCUCUUGUUAAUCAUUUUGGUCAUUGGUGUGAUUGGGCAUAUGUGGCGGAAACGUCAGGAAUACGUAACCAAAACAGUGGACACUGGUAACGCAUAUGGAAGUGUUGUCUACACCGUGCCGGAUACCCUGAGGAAUCGAAGCUACCCCGAUAGCGAAUUCAAUGAUCUACAUAAAGAAGUCGUUGAAGAAGCAGACGAAGACGACGAAACGACACAAGCGGCCGAACAGCUUUUAGCGAGCAAAAUAGUAUUCGAACACGAUAAGUUCUAAUCAAUAAUGAUUCUCUGAAUUGACACUUGUAAAAUAUAUUGUUUUAGUUUAUAAAUUCAAAAUACAAAAAAAAAACGUGACGGUCUGUGAUUUUCAAAUGAACUUAUAAAUUAAUAAUCGGCUACAAUAAAAUUUAAUUGAUGCUCCUAUUUCAUUAAUAUAUAUUCAAUAAAUAGUGAUAGGAAAUUGUCGGCUCAGUAAAAUCGAGCUGUAUUCUUGAAUUGGGACUGUUUAUAAUUAAAUAUUAAUUAAAAUUGACAUACGAUAAAUCGAAAUACAAUAAUUGAGGAGCAAUAUCAGAGAAGUCUUACUAACAGUUUUUUGAUGUAUUUCAAGUACAAUAUAUAUAUAUAUAAAUAUAGUUUUGUUUAUUCUAUUGUUUUGGAAAAUGUUUAAUGUACAAAAUAUUUUUAUAAGUUUUUUUAUCUAAUGUAAAUAUUUAUUUUCGAGAUCUAUUCAGAAAUAUGCAGAGAAUCAGAUUAUACAAAAAUAUGUUUUCGAUAGCGAAAGAUUAUUACUAACCAGAUUAGACAUAGGAAAAGAAAACUUUAUAAUGUUAAAAACUAAAAUAUAUUUCACUUAAUAUAAUAAAUUAUUGGCGAUGAUACUUUUUUUGCAGAUAACUGUCUUAACUUGACUAUUUGUCCAUUGACAAACUACUUAAAGAUGUUUUUACUGUGAUUUGCUGUUUUGUAAAUAACAAAAUAUAUUUAUUACGAAUUAU